GGUGAAACUUCAUGGUAAAACAAUUGGUGCAUGUCCGUGUGGUACUCUGUGAUGCUAUAUAACUUCCGCAAGUUGAAUUGACAUUCGAAUUAAAAAAAGAAAAAAAAAUGGGUCGUAAAAAGGGUCGAUGCGUCAAGCGAAAUAAGCAAAUAAACUUAGGGGAAAAGGAAGAGUUAGUGCGAGCACCUCAUUCCUUUGUAUUUCAUCGUGGCUUGCCAGGAGAACACAUUGUGGAGCUUACUAAAGAUUUCCGCAGAAUUAUGGAACCUUUUACAGCUUCAUCCUUAAAGAUUCGGAAGAAAAACACUAUUAAAGACUUUGUCUCUGUUGCAGGCAUUUUUCAUAUUAGUCACAUAUGUAUAUUUACAAAAACAGAAUUAGGAAUGUACCUUAAGCUUUGCAGAGUGCCUAGAGGGCCCACCCUUACUUUUAAAAUACAUAGUUUUUCCCUGGCACGAGAUGUAAUAUCUAUGUUGAAGAAACAAAUGGUAUAUGAGGAGGCUUAUAAAAAUUCUCCGUUGGUGAUUUUAAAUAAUUUUAGUGGGGAAGGCAUGCAAUUAAAACUUAUAGCCUCUACAUUCCAAAACAUGUUUCCAACGAUAAACUUAACAACUAUUAAUUUAAGUACUAUUCGUCGUUGUGUAUGUUUAAAUUACAAUACAACAUCGAAAACGAUCGAUUUUAGACAUUAUGCGAUCAAGGUUGUACCUACAGGUUUAUCAAGAGGUGUUAAGAAAUUAGUUCAAGCCAAAAUACCGAAUUUAUCUAAAUGUCAAGACAUCUCGGACUUUUUAACAAAACCGACCAUGUCUGAAAGUGAAGCAGAAGAUGACGAAACUAGUCAUGUAACAUUAUCACAAAAAUUAUCUUCAAGAGGAAAUCAUGCUAAUUCUAAGAGUGCGAUUAGAUUAUAUGAAUUAGGACCAAGAAUAACUCUACAGUUAAUCAAAGUAGAAAAUGGACUUCUCAAUGGUGAAAUACUUUUCCAUGAGUUUAUACAUAAAACAGAAGAAGAGAAACUUGCGAUAAAGAAAAAGAGGGAAAAGAAGCAGAAGUUGAAGGAAAAAAGAAAGAGAAUACAAGAGGAGAAUAAAAGGAAAAAGGAAAUACAAAAGGAAGAACAUAAAGAAAAAUCGCUCAAGGGAAUUCAGAAAAAAAGGGAAAGAGACAUGCUGUUACAAAAAAUUGCAAAGGAAUCUACUGAAGUGAAUAAAUUGGAGGAAGAUGAUGAUGCGCAGUAUUAUCGUGAAGAAGUAGGAGAAGAACCUGAUAAAGAUCUGUUUCAAACAAAAAUUGGUACAAAGAGACCACAUAAGCAUAUAAUAAAAUACAAAUCAAAGAAAGCUAAACUUGACAAAUCGUAAUAUAAAAUUAAAUAUUUGUGAACUGUAAUAAUUGACAAUACAUUACUAUUACUUUCCAAAUUGUG